AUGAUAGUUGUGGAGAUCAACGCUAAAAUUAUAAAGACAAUCAAAGAUGCUGAAUAUUUCUCUGUGAUUCUUGAUUGCACACCGAAUAUUAGUCAUCAAGAGCAAAUGUCAUUGAUACUUAGAUGUGUCAAUGUUUCAAAAAGUCCAAUACAAAUUGAAGAGUUCCUUUUAGAAUUCUUAAAUGUUCAUGACACUUCUAGUCAAGGGCUAUUUGAAGAGUUACUAGUUGUGAUACAGCCACUAGAUCUUGCUAUCAAUAAUGUGAGAGGACAAGGAUAUGAUAAUGGGUCAAACAUGAAAGGAAAACACCAAGGGGUGCAAAAAAAGUUGCUAGAUAUCAAUUCUAGAGCUUUAUACACUCCUUGUGGUUGUCAUUGUUUGAACCUAACCCUUUGUGAUGUGGCAAAUUCUUGUACAAAAGCAGUUGAUUUUUUUGGCGUGUUACAACGCCUCUAUACCUUAUUUGCAGGUUCGACAAAGAGAUGGAAGUUCCUAAAAGACAAUGUUAAAGGGUUCACUCUGAAAUCAUUAUCCACCACGCGUUGGGAGAGUCGUAUUGAGAGUGUGAAGCCUCUACGAUUCAAUGCUAUUGAAAUAAAAGAAACAUUACUUCAACUGACUGAAGCUGACAAGGAUCCCAAAAUAAAAAGUGGUGCAAAAUCAAUUGCCACUAAUGAGCUAGAAACUUUGAAUUUCUUAGAUAAUAUUGAUUUAAGAGCUGCUUGCAUUCAUCUUGAGGAUGUUUUGAGACAUGGAGAGAGUUCAGAUAUUAAUGGGGAAGACUUGUUCAGAGAGCUGAAACUUAUGAGGGAAAUAUUACCUAGAGUAAGGAUGACAACUUGUGAUAUAUUGAAUUUCUUACAAGAGAUGAAUACUUGCCCAGUGAUUAGACUUGCAUAUCGAAUAUUGUUAACUAUUCCUGUUACUGUUGCUUCAGCUAAGAGAAGUUUUUCCAAGUUAAACCUAUUAAAGUCUAAUUUGCGAUCAACUAUGUCACAAGAAAGAUUAAAUGGACUUGUUUUGAUUUCGAUUGAGAGUGAUUAUCUUGGGAAAAUCAAUUGUGAUAAACUGAUUGAUGAUUUUGCUGCUAAGAAGGCAAGGAGAUGA